AAUACAAAUAUAUAUAUUUAUAUAUAUAAACACCUCCCUCAUGUUCAGUACCAAAAGGACAAACUGUAACUUGGUUGUGUACACACCACCUUCUCGAAAGGCACUGUGAUGGCAUGUCCUCCUCCUCUUCUUCGCCUUCUCUUCUUCAUUUCCCUUCUGGGUCUUACAGGAGCUGGUCAAGAAUCAUCAUUCAUUGGAGCCUUUAAUCUCCAUCAAAGAGUCCUUGAACUUCCUCAAAGCAAUGAUCUUGCUUUUGCUGUUUCUGUGAGUGAUGACAAAACCGUUGCAGAGAUCUCCUCUAGUGUUAUCACCGCUGAAACAUGGUUGCGAACCCACGUUCUGUCUCGCUACCCUUCCACCAAAAUCACCACCAUUGUUGUCAUUGUCCGAGGUUUUUGCCAGACCGCCCAGCAAGAACACGGCUCUGCUCUGGUUCUGUCUUCCCUUAAGAACAUCUACCAUUCCCUUGUCAGAUGGGGUCUGGAGAAAGACAUCAAAGUCUCCUCUGGUUUCUCUUACCAGUGCUUGAACACAAACGAAGUCUUUUUUGAGGAAGCGAUCAAGCCCCUUCUUCUCUUUCUCCAAACCAUAAACUCAACUUUCACCAUAACCCCACCUCCGAAUUUCCCCCCUUCACCAGAUGAUCAACUCGGUUUGCUUCAUUUCACCAAAAAGUUUCGGUCUUUGGGCUUCAACAAGGUGAAUUUCAUAAACCCUGUACCAGAAGAUGCUGAAACCAUGAUGAACAGAAGAAAGCUUAGAUCGUUCGUCGAUUUCAGCAGCAAAACCAUAAACCCUUUCCCUGCAAGACCGUCCCCAUUACCAGAAAUCUCCCCCAUCCGCUCCUCGAUUGGAUUCUCAGCUCCGGCCACCGUACCCACAAACCCUAGAAACUCCGAUCCCCCAUUUUCAUCGCAGCCACCAUCCUCCGCCGCCGCACUUCCGCCGGAUCUUCCUCCUCAGGCCUUCAACUCACCGCUCUCAUCAGCCCCAGGAUACUCCCUCCCGCCGUGCGGUCCUCCUUACCCCGCCGCUACACCGCCGCACUUCUCCGCCGCGGUGACGCCGCCGCCGGCGAAGGCGGUGGAAGGGCUAUGGUGCGUGGCGAAGCCGAGCGUGGCGGAGGAGAUCCUGCAGCAGGCGUUGGAUUUCGCGUGCGGAGAAGGAGGAGCGGACUGCGAUGAGAUAAGGCCCCAUGGAAGCUGCUUCAGACCUGACACGGCAGUGGCUCAUGCCUCUUUUGCCUUCAACAGUUACUGGCAGAAAACCAAGAGAAACGGCAGCACUUGCUCCUUCGGCGGCACCGCCAUGCUAAUCACUGCAGACCCAAGUUAUCUGCAUUGCCGGUUUGUUCUGAGCUGAGCUUGCUUGAUGAGAGGCAGUGGAGGCAUAAAGAAGAUAAUCAUCGACAUCAUGGAGUCACCAAGAGCGAAAAGAAAUUAAGCGAUGUGCCGGUUAAUGGACUGCGGCAAACUAUCACAUGAGGCAUGUGUUCACGUACGCCUUUCAAAACGAGCGGCUUCCAAGUCGUGGUUCAAAUCAUCUUCUUCCAACUGGCUCGUGCCACACCAAACAACUCCUCUCUCCCGCCGAACAGGUUUAACGGUAGUUCAGAUGACCGAUGAGGAUUGAGACUCUGGUCCGGUUGGGGAGGAGACGCGUAAUGACUUGAACCUGAUGAGUCCGGUUCAUCGCUUAUAAACUGAUCUUGGAGGAGGGUUCGUUAAAGUAUAAGAAAUUGAGUUGUUGCGCAUCUUAUGUUUGAUUUGGUCUAGUUAUGGAAAACCCUU